AAAAUUAACAUAAAUAGUUAAUAGCUUCGAAACUUUCGAAAAUAGUAGAGAAAGUAUGAUAAUUUGGUAACUUAAAUUAUCAUUAGACACAGUGCAAGUACCGUAAAUACUAACUUCAAGAAAACAAUAAAAAACAUAACCUAUACUUCGAAUAAAAAUUGCUGAUAAACUUUAUACGAAAUCUUGAAAAUGGCUUUAAAAUACUCUCGACUACUUGUGAAAGCAGUUACUGCAGGCGUAAGCAGGUCUAAUGUAAAUAUUCAUCGGAAUUUAGUGACCAGUUCACCUGCAAGACUUGCUAUGGUACCUAUAGUGGUUGAGCAAACCGGCAGAGGCGAGCGUGCGUACGAUAUUUACUCUAGACUUCUUAGAGAACGGAUUAUUUGUCUUAUGGGGCCUAUAAACGACGAUAUAAGCUCUCUAGUCGUCGCGCAGCUGCUAUUUCUACAGUCCGAGUCAAGUAAGAAGCCAGUACAUCUGUACAUCAAUUCUCCUGGUGGGAACGUGACUGCGGGACUCGGUAUUUAUGAUACCAUGCAGUAUAUAACACCUCCUGUCGCAACUUGGUGCGUUGGUCAAGCUUGCAGUAUGGCAUCUUUGCUUCUUUCUGCUGGCGCUCCAGGAAUGAGACAUGCUUUACCGAACUCCAGAAUAAUGAUCCAUCAGCCAUCUGGUGGAGUUCGAGGGCAGGCCACUGACAUACAGAUCCAAGCUGAAGAAAUUUUGAAGUUAAAAGCGCAAAUCAAUCAAUUAUACGUUAGACAUACAGGUUUGGCUUUAGAAAAGGUUCAAACUUCUAUGGAGCGUGACCACUUCAUGUCCCCGGUUGAAGCUAAGGCCUUUGGUCUGAUUGACAAUGUACUGGAACACCCAAUGUCUCAUGCAAUGGAUAAGGAAUGUACUACCGGAAGUCAAACUCCUAAAUUGUGAUCUGUAUAAAUCUAAGUGAUAUAAU